AUGGACGAUGACAAGCUUGAUCUUACUGUUUACAAGUUCAUUCCACAUGCGGAAGAUGCCUCCCAGGUCCUCUCCGAGAAGAUCCUAGACGAAGCAACCAGUUUGGUCAUCUCAACCACUCGCGAAACCGUGUGGUAUACACCUGUUCGCGUGGAUUAUGCUCAAUUUUCCAAACGCGGGACAUGUUUCCAGUAUCAUCGCGCCCCCGACGCUCACCUAGUAGCGGAAACACGUCCAUCUGCGUCCACCACUAGGUAUUUGAAGGAGUGGGAUGAAGACAUCGCCGUUCCAGAUGAAGAAGUCUGCUCACUCGCGGACCUGGAAGAAUUCGAUCAUGGAAAUUUGCAUCGACUCUUUUCUGCACGCGCAGUCGACGUACCUCCCGUCAUGGAGCUCAACACGCCUCUCGCAGACAGAGUCGGACGUCAGCCUGUCGCAGAUGAUUCCCGGAAAAGGUCUCAGGACGAUCUUCGUGUCUCGUCUAUCUCAGUCAAACGCCGGAGGAUUGAUGAUAAAGAUAUCCCUUUGCGAGGAGUUCUGCCGAUGCCACACUUCUACGCCUCUCUCUUAACAUCAGACAGUACUCCGCCACUUUCGCACUGGGCUCGAUGGCCAGUCAAGGAGGGCGUUAUUGCGCUCCCGCCUCACACACUCAAAAGUUGUGAGGAGUACAUGGAAGACCCAUAUGCGCGGCUCGCAUGGAUAGUGCCCAUCCGUGGUUGCCUCCAGUGGGAUGGCGCGACAUCAGCCACGGUCCUUUCCGACAUACCGGACGGCGACACUGCUGAAGAUUUUCUGCCUUCACCUGCUGCGCCUCGCCCAGACGGCAUUCUGGAGUUAGCUUGGACGAAAGACGCCCUUCGGCAGCUCUGGGAUGUCCUCAAGGGCCUCCGCGAUGCAAAGAAUCUCGGACCACUUUCAUUAUCCUUCCAUGUCGUUCCACUUGGAAACGCUACUCACUCGAUGGAGCAGUACUCGUACGCUGGGUCGCACAAGCAAACGACGCCGUCGCGGCCGGGUUCUUCUCCCGUCUCUCCACCCGCCGCUCCCGAGAGCUCCGCCAGUUGUCCUCCGCCCUCUCCUCUCCGGGAAGUGGAUCACUUUAAGGUCUACCAUGACGCGCCCUACACAAAGGCAGUACGGAACGCGUUGCAUGGCUGGUCGUACCAUAAGGGUGACCAGAAGAUCCGACUACUCAAGGGCGCAAGACUCGUAUUAGUUGACGAGCUUUCGCAAGGCCUCCUGCUCUGCUGA